AUGAGAUGGGGUCAUAAAGCUAACCCGGAUAGGUGGUUCAUAAACUUACAACCACAAUUCCAAGAAGUUGUAGACGCAAUGGAAGUGAAUGGUGAACCAGAUAUAGCUGGUAUUUUCAGCGCGGCUUUAAUGCCAUUGAAAGAUAUGAAAGAUGCAGAUAUUUUGAACCAGUAUGAAAUGAACAUGGCUGAUGGAAAUAUAACACCUGACGUUCUAGAACAUUUAUCUCAAAGAACUACACAGAACCAUAGAGAUGGUAUAUUUGGUGAAGAGUUUAGAAAGAAAGUUAGGGAGAGCGAAGGAAGAGAACCUAUUGUACAUGACCUUGCAAACGAAAGUUUACAAAAUGUCAUAAAAACUUACUUUGCAGACAAUGAACCGAGAAGGGAUGAAUAUUUAAGAAAACUCAAAUGGACAGUACCAAAUGAAAUGUUAGUAUUGAAAAACAUGUUCCUUGACAAAAUAAAACCAACUACAGAAAUAAACGACGCAAGACUGAAAGAUUGGGUAAAAGCUUUCCCAUUCACAAAAGAUAUAAUUGGUAACAUGGAAAGAAAACCAGAAUGGCUACAAAAACAUAUAUUUGGAAACGAGCAUAUUCCAUAUGGACAGGCACUGUUUGAAGAGCUUGAACCGGAAACUCAGGAAAGAGUCAUGCAAACAAUACGCGAAGACUCAAAUACAGACUAUGACAAACUCUUUCUAGGAUAUAGGUUACCUGAGAUGGGCGACCAGAGCCAAAAGGCAAAAAGGACAUGGGAAAUUUGCAACAUACUAGAUGAACAUAAUGCAAAGAUGCAACAACUUCAAGCAGAGGGCAAUGAAGGAAAAAGAAGAGUUAAAAACUCAGUCAGGAACAAAGUAAAGCUUGGUCCACGUGGGUUCUAUUAUGACAUAUAA